AUGCGCUCCAAUCGACGACCUUACCAAGGACCUAGAACGCAGUUAGUCGUCUCAAUAGACAUCGGCACUACAUUUUCAGCAGCUUCAGUCUGUAUCCUUCAACCGGGAACACCUCCAGUGUUCGAAGAGAUUCUACGCUGGCCCAAGCAGGCCAAUCCAGACGCCAAAGUCCCAUCAUUAGUCUACUACGAUAGUUCAGGGAAACCACGUUGUCUCGGUGCCGAGACCGACAGUCCCGAUGCGAAGGCUGAAGCGGAUGAAGAGGGCUGGAUAAAAGCUGAAUGGUGGAAACUCUACCUCCGGCCUGACUACCUCCCAAAGAUUAACGGAAUUGAGAUUGAGAUCCCCGAGUUACCGCCUUCUCGAACAGUUAAUGAUAUUUUUGCUGAUUUCCUCGAGUAUGUAAAAGGCCAGCUGCAAGUGCAUGUCACCAGCUCACAUGGGAACGGGGAAUCGCUUUGGAAUUCAUUAUACCGCAACAUGGACGUGGUGUUAACGACGCCUAAUGGGUGGGAAGGCAGGCACCAACACCGGAUGCGGGAAGCGGCUACUGCUGCUGGCCUUGUCAUCAGGGGAACUCAAGUGAAAUUCUUGACAGAGGCAGAGGUAGCUGCUGGUAGCUGGUGGCACUAUACCUUAAGGUGGCGUUCUAGCUAG